AAUAUUUCCAUUGUGGCUCAGUUCAAGAGAGUUAUCCUUUACGGAGUUCGAGCCAAUCCAUAUUCAAAACGUGAACUUUAUCUUAGUGGAAUAAAUAUUCAAUUGUGUACUUCGAUUACAAAAACGCAUUUGUGCGUUGAAAUAAAUAGAAAAAAUGAUAAAAUUUCUUCCGUAUCAAACUGAAUAUGCCAAGGGCAACACAUCUUGUAACAAAUGUCAGCAAAAUAUUCGCAUAGACACCGUACAAAUCGGUGUCAAUCAACAUAACACGAAAGAUGAUUGCAUGGACGCAAGGUGGUUCGAUAUGCCUUGUUUCUUUCAAAUACGACGUCCUGGCCUGGAAGACUUCAUAGAUGGUUUCGCCAACUUAAGAUACCACGAUCAAAUGAAAAUUCGGACAUUUUUAGGCGUUGAUAAUAAUGUCCCAAGUACAUCGACCGCUCAACGACCAAGAACAAAGAGCGAAUCGCUCGAUUUGACGUUGGAAGAACGAAUAAAGAAACAGAACCACUCGUUUUUUGAAAUUUAUGACAAACUAAACACGCUAAAGGAUGUGGAGCUUGUUGAUAUUUUGGAGAUAAUGCAUCAAUUUGUACCUGAACGUAGAAUCGAUAAGUUAAAUCACGCGUGCGACGUCAUUUGCUUCGGUGCAUUGUCACCAUGUUCAGUUUGUUAUACUGGUAAACUUGUGUUCCGAAACUCGAUGUACCGUUGCACCGGCUACGAUUCAGCAUGGACAAGGUGCCUCUAUUCAACUAAAGAGCCACGGCGUGUGCCAAUUAAGCUACCACGUCAAUUCCAACAAGAAUUCUUUGUCAAAAAUUUCGAAGUUCAGACACGCAUUCUCCGAAAUAUCACAGAAUUCAACAUGGAUGAAUUUGAACAAUAUACAAAACAGCCUUUAUUCGGCAUGGAAUUUUUCAUUAUUGGUAAGACGAAAAAUCCAAGAAAUGUUGUCGAACAGAAAAUUCGUGCAAUGGGCGGUCAACUGGCAUCAGCCAUUCGUGCAGGCAUUACGGCAGUCAUUUCAAAUGCUGACGUUGUGAACAAAGGCGACGGGGAAAUACUGUGGGCUUUCAUACUUCGCAUACGAAUUAUCUCGGAUGAAUUGCUGGAAAAAGUGCUGGAACACGAUCCAAUUGAUUUGUUUGUCAAAAAUGACUUGAGCAAAUGGAGUAAAGAUUCAAAUGAACGAAAAACCAUCUCAAAAACCAGUGAAAUAUCCAAAAGAUGCGAUAAUAAAGCGAACGGUCAGAUAAAAUAUGAUAGAGUUUACUGCGAUUUGGCUGUCCGGUAUGAAGUGAUGCUGAACUUUGUCGACAGUACUAUGAACAAGAACUCAUUUUUCAAAUUACAAUUGGUGGAAUCAGAUCAAUUAUAUAAUAAUUUGAUGAACUACCAUGUACUUGAGACAAAGGGUCGAAUCAUUACCAAUUCAUCCGGUCACUUCAGUCAAAAGAAAUACUCCAACUUGGACGAGGCAAAAGGGGUUUUUAAGCAAAUCUAUUUGAAAAUGACUGGUAAUGAAUUCGGCACCAAUCGAUUUGAAAAGAAACCCGGAAAAUAUAAUCUGGUUAAAAUUGACAACGACUAUCUGCAUCGACAUGUGGAAAAAAAUAAUGUGUCGACCAAAUUAAGUGAAUCCUUGUACGAGUUGAUGCAAUUGGUGUUCUUUUUCUGUGAAGAUGUAAUGAAAUCGACAUUACUCGCAUAUUGUUUUGAUGACUAUAAAAAUAUGCCAUUGGGGAAAAUCCACAAAACGCGAAUUGAAGACGCACUAAUUUGCUUGGGCGAGAUAUUAUCGAUGGUGAGUUCAGGUGACUCGCACAAAAUUAUGGCCGCAUCGAAUCAAUUUUAUUCGUAUUUUCCUCAUGAUUGUGGUCUUCACCCACCACCACUUAUAAAUACAUAUGAAAUGGUCCAGCAAAAAAUUGAUAUGCUACAUCAUAUGCUCCAAAAAGAGAUCGAUUAUAAUACUCUGAUUAUGGACACAGAGAGAAACUGUCUCGAUGUCUGCUACGAACAUUUGGAAAAGUUUGCUAAAAUUACGAUGCUCAACAAAUCAUCAGAAAUGUAUGCACACAUUUGUAACUACAUCAAUAACACGCAAUUGCACAAUGAUUCAACGGCGAAAUAUGAUCCAGGACCGUUCGAUGUGGACGAGGUGUUCGAGGUAGUACGUCAUGAAGAACUAAUGCGCUAUAAGCCACAUGAAAAGAAUUCCAAUCGAUUAUUGCUAUUUCAUGGUUCACCCAUUGAAAAUUUCUUUGGCAUCUUAAAAAAUGGCCUAAAAGUUCAACCAGCCGAAGCUCGUUUUAAUGGAUCUGUCUUUGGUAAAGGCAUUUAUUUUGCAGAUUCAGUAACUAAAUCAGCUAGAUAUUGUCAUCCAAUCAAUGAAACCGGUUUGGUUUUGUUGUGUGAAGUUGCAGCCGGUAUUUCUGAUAUACGCUAUUAUACCAACAACUCAAAAUGGAUGGAUGACUGUGAAUCUGUCCAGGCGAUUGGACAAUGGAAACCUGAAUCCAUUUACGUACGUCAUGAUGGCUUGAAAAUUCCAAAUGGUAAACUCGUUGAACGGCCCGAGAAAGCAGGCAUCGUUUUCAACGAAUUUGUUGUAUUUGACGAGUCACGAGUGAAAGUAAGAUAUUUGGUCAAAUUGAAAUUCACAGACACAGCCAUCUAGGCUAGGAACUAGUGAGACCAUUGUAUAACACAACCAAUGUAAGCCAAAUAAAUUCUUCUCCUUCCAUCGCUAUAUUGGAUUUUUUUAUGUGUAUCUUUUUACGAAACAGUUUCUUGACAC